UGCUUUGAGAAAGAGGCCAGUGUCCCCUACUUCCUGCCACAGAUCUCCCCCUCUCUGAGCCUCAGUAUCCUCCUCUGCAAAAUGGGGCCACUACCAUGUGCCUCACGCAGUUGGAAGGAGAGAUGUGAGAUUGUGCUGAAAUAGAACACUGGUGGGAGGUUUUGUUAUUGGACGUUUGCAAUACUGUAGGCAGACUUCUGAGCAGCCACAGGUGGCUCUGCUGUUCCUUUUCCUGUGGCUUAGGACCAGAACACCUGACGGAAUCACUUAUAAGCCUUUAAGGGCAGAUGUCAGGGUGGGACCAUUAAGCUUCCCACCUUUACCCCAGCACGUGAAGGCCACAGCUUGGCUCCCCAAACUCCUGCCCUUGUGCCACAGCAGAGCAGGGCCCCCAUUUGGCAGAGGUGGAAGUUGAGGCCCAGACAUGGGAUGGGACUUCUCCAUGGUUGCAGAAGUAGUUCUGGUGGAACAGAAAGGGCGUGGCUUUACUAAGCCCACAUGGCAGGACUUUGAACGCCAGCUUCUGGGGUGCGUCCUCCCCAGUCAGCAGGAGCCACUGAAGGUUCCACAAGAGGGCUGACUUGCGCUGUCUCUGACAUGGGGCACCGCGGGGGCUUUGGUGGUCUAGGAUGUGCCUGUAGAGGGUGGCCUCGUGGUGCGGAGGCCACAGAAGAGUGGGACACAGCGUCGUGGAACCACGGAGUGGGAUAGCUGUGUGGCAGCAUGGCCACCAGCCCCUUCUAGGCACACAUGGAGGGUCUGAAAGGAGACCCCUGUCCCACGAGUGAGACAGAUUAAGGAGCACUGUUGGUCAGCAUUGGGGGUUUCUGGCAGUGAGAACUUGGUGAGGGGUCGGUCCAGCCACUCAGCAGCCAGAGCCUCAGAGCCAGCUCCAGUGCAGGCACCAACCUCCAGCUUCUGCUCUUACUGUGUGAUGCGGGGUCCCCAGCUAGGUCGGCUCUUCCAUGCCCAGCAUGACAGCACAGGGGAGGACCUGGUGAACUUCACUGAGCCAGAGACCACAGAGUUCAUCAUCUUGGAGCUGCUGGCCAGUCUGUACUCAUGUGGGGACCAGAACACACUGGUGGAGCAGUUGGCAGAAGAGGCACAGCGGCGCGACCAGAUGCUGCGCAUGCACCACAUGCUGAAGGAGGUGCUCACCAUCAUCUGGGACAUGAGCACGACCACCGUGAGCCUGCAGGUGGACGAUUCCUGGCUGCAGGUGCAGAGCGUCCCGGAUGAACGCAGAUACCAGGGCCGGCCCCCACGGCCCCAAAGUCCCCCAGCCUGGGCCACCGAGAGGAGUGCCAAGGGGGCAGUGGCGUGGCCCCUCCCCAGGGUGGCUCCCACCUGGAGUGAGAGGCGGAGCUUGCCAAGGAGCACUGGCUGCGGGGCGGGGUGGAGCUGGGCUGUUGGUGCUGCUGGGGUGGGGCUUAAAAUCUGGCGACCUCAUUGGGGCCUGGCAGGGAGGAGCUUCCUUGCAUGGGCGUGGCUGGCACUGGGCUGGGGCGGGGCCUCGGGGCAGAACCGCACAUUUCUCCUGUCCGUGUGCCUUGCUGCCUGUCGCCUUGCAGGUCGCCCAAGUUCAGCUCCGGGAUACCCAGCCCCCGCCAUGUCCCCAGCCCAGCCUGGGUUGCGGGCCCGGCUUCUGGGCUUCCUCCUGCUGGUCUGCCCUUGGGGAAGUGCCACCCCAUAUUCUCCAGACCAGAGGCUUCCCCUGAUCCCUUCGACCCUACUCGCCAGGUGCUCUCAUGCCCCACUCGGGAUCACCAAGUAAGUAGGGGCUGAAAGCAGCCAAAGAGGCCGCUGGACGGGUGUGGCCGGGAAAGAAAUGGGACUGGAUUGCAGAGCAUCGGACCUGGCCGCCAGAACUGGCCAUCUCCAUCCAAGAAACUGGGACCAUGGCUGCUGGAGUCACUUCUCUUCUCAGAGACCUCCCUUUCCAAGUCUGCCUGGGCGGGUGUCCUGUGACUUGACAGUGGCUCCCGCAGCCCCAAAGCCAGCCCCCUUCAUCUGUGACUUAGUCUGUUGUAGUGGUGAGCUGACAUAUCCAGGCGUGACCAUUGCUGAAAACUUGUGCUCUCUCUGUGGUAUGCCCCUGCCCUGUUCUAUAAAUAGCUAUAAAUUCUCACACACACACACACACACACACACACACACACACACACCUGACUGCCUCACCUCUAGCAUGGGAAUCAGUCCUUGUGCUGUCCUUGCAGAGUCUUGUGGCCCAGCAAGAGGAAGCUGUCUCCUGACAUUGCCCCUCGAAAGGGCACCACCUCCAGGGAGCCUCCCUGUCAUGCCCGGCCUGUGGACAACCAGCCCCCGCCAUCCUUCCCGCCCUUCUGGGCAGUCAUGGGGUUGCUGUGCAGGCAGCUGUGUGGACUCAGUCUCUUCCAGUCCUGCUGUCCCUCGGCUGAGAAUCCAACCCAUUUGUGGAUGACAGAGAAUGUGUCUUCUGCUGACUGUGUUCUCUGUGGAGCUCAGGGGAGGGAAAAGUCCAAGCUAUUUUUAGGGUACUGUUGGGAGCAGUGAAAAGGUCACACCCUUUCCAAGGGACACUUUUCCUAGAAAGUCCCUGGAGCUUAGCUGGUUCUUAUCCUGUGAAGCCGCUCUGGCCAGUAGGGGGCAGGGCCGUGAUCUCAACCUGGAGGGAGCCUGCAGGGCAGCCUGUACUCUGGAGGGACAGACAGGCCACCCGGUGCAGACAGGAGAGAGAGGCAGGGGGACGGAAUGGAAGACACUUGGAGUGGGUGAAAGUCAGUGCCCUUGGGUGCUGGUGUUGUCUUCCCGGCCACAGCUAGAUCAGUCUUCUGAACCUGUUGGCUGUCAGGGCUGCACUGUGCCCAUUAGGCACCAUGGCAAUCACCGUGAAAUCCACCAGGUGUCACCAGGCAGCAUCCAGGCAACAGGCCUGGAAGAUCCCCAGCAGCCCAACUGGACAUGCUCAGACACUCUGGGGCUCCUCUUUCAAUGGGACAAACUGCAGGACCCACUGAGGGAAACGGGAACAUACCAGGCUGAGCAGUAUGGCUAAAUCCAUUUAUUCCCAAAUAAAAAGCAAAACAGGAGUCCCAUCACCAUGACUCCGUCCCUGCCAAAUAAGUUUCCCAGCUGCAAAUAACUAUCAGAACCUCUUCCUCAUAUGCCAGCUGCAACCUCCGCUAGGUACAAUACAUACAGAAUGUUACACAGAUACAGUAUGUACAUGGGGGACGGGCGGGUCACCCCUAGCAGCCCGUGCCCUCGCCUGGUCUACAGUUAGCUCCACUGUCCUGCCUGAGCUGCCUCUCUGAGUAAGAAGAUGGGAGCGCCCCUAAGAGAAAAGUUGCCUUGGUGAGAGUAAGGAGGCCAUCGCACCUCCUCCAAACAAACCAAAUCCAUCAACCUCUGGCUCUUAAAUAACAAACAUCAUCAUCCAGAAAUGUAAGGACUCAGCCUUGGUCAAGGUGGUAAAGGGUCUGUUUUUCUCUCUCCAUUAGACAGGGGUCUUACCUUGCUACCUAAUGGUAAAGGGGUGACUGGGAAGGGGUUGUAGGGACAUGGUGGGGGUGAAGACUCCAGACCCACUUCUCCAGGCUUAUGCUGACGGGCCUGCUUUUAUUUAUUUUUAUCCCAUGACUUUUUCCCGUAACUUCUUUCUCAUAACUUUUUAAAAAAACUUUUCAUUUUUUCCCCUUUUUUCUACAACUUUUUGUCACAAUUUUUCCACCA